UCGCGUUCCGAUUGGUCAGUUUCCCUAGAUUUCCCUCAGAACUGCAAGACGCCGAUAUUGCGUUACAUUAUUGUAGCAAAAUGGCGGCUGUCAUUCAGAAUCCACUGAAAGCGUUGGGCGACCAGUUCUAUAAGGACGCUAUUGAGCAGUGCCGCAGCUACAAUGCCCGCCUCUGUGCUGAACGCAGCGUCCGCCUGCCAUUCCUGGACUCUCAGACCGGCGUUGCCCAGAACAACUGCUACAUCUGGAUGGAGCGCCACCACCGAAGCCCUGGUGUUGCAGCAGGGCAGAUGUACACAUACCCGGCCCGCUGCUGGAGGAAGAAGAGGCGACUCCACAACACAAACGAUCCGCGCCUGGGCAUCUAUGGCCUUCAGCUUGAUGGCAGCCUUAUGUCCAAAGAAGCUCUGCCAACCCAGAGCACCACCUUGGAGGCUCUCCUGAGAGGAGAAGGUCUGGACAAGAGGAACAACUCUAAGAAUGAUGAGGAGAGCCUAUUAGAGAUUCAGAGGGUUCUGGAAGCAGAUGCAGCAGAAGACGCUUUCAAUGAUGACGAUGAUUAUGAGGCGGACACUCCCAAGAGGAGACAUCGAGGCAAGGGAAGAGGCCGAGGUUCAGGCCGUAGGAGGACAGAUCUGGAUGAUGAUAAGCCAUAUGUCUGUGACAACAGAUACAAACAAAAGCAGAACUCAAAGACUUUGACCUCAGUGUGCACAAAGCGAUACAGGAACCGCACAGGACUAAGUUACCACUACACUCAUUCCCACCUGGCAGAGGACAGAACUGGGGAGAGAAGCACGGUGGUGUCCCACUCUCCCACUGCACCACAGACUGACAGGCACAAACGUCCAAAGCUUUCCGGUGGGACCAGCAUUCCCAACAUCUACUGUAAUAAAUGCCAAGGAGCAAACAGGAAAACGGGUAAAUCUGGGUCUCCCUGCUCAGCCUGCCGAUGCACAACCGGUGGUGGGGAGGAGAAGGAGGAUGGCAAGUUUACUGCAGCCGAGGAGCUUUUUGGCACCACCUCAGAGAGUGACACCUCCACCUUUCAUGGCUUUGAGGAUGAUGAGCUAGAAGAACCAGCCGCAAAUAGCAACGGAUUAUCCAGCCGCCACAGAUAGACUUCUUAGAUUUAAACUGACACUUUUUUUCUUUAAAUAUAUAUAUAUAUAUAUGUAUGUAUGUAUUUUAUAUAUAUAUAUAUAUAUAUAUAUAUAUAAAAAUCAGCUGCUUCUUUUUGAAUUUUUUUGUUUUUGGAUUUGUUUUCUGAAAGCACAAGGUGAGAAUUUCCGGACAGAAAUGCAAGUUGUAUUUUAUCUACCGAACAUUGAAUAAUUUAUGGAGACUUUUUUUAUUAUUAAUAUACAGCAUAAAUGGACCUUUAAUGCAACGAACUAUCAAUGUUUCCUGAAAAGGUUACUAUGUAAAACAGAAGAAGCUUCAACGUCCUUUUUGAAAGUUUUCUUCAUUUCCCAUUGUUGAAGUAGAAGUAGCGAAAAGCUAUGAACAAAUGCAAACACUGGACUAAUUAGAGACUGUUUUGAAGAAGUGAAAUUCGAAAGUGGCGAGCUUGGUUAGGUGAUCGAAUUUCUUUGAAGACACUUGCAUCGAAGGUUUAACGGAGGCUCUUGGAUCAGAAGUCUAUGGCACUUUGAAGGCUGUGAAGGAACCAAGGAAGAUUACAAGCCACUGGAAAUAUUGGAAUAUGGACGUCUUUAUUGUUUUCAUGGAAAGGGACAUAAUAAAUUAAAGGAGGAGUGAGCUCAGUGCCGGGUUGCCCAGGGAUUGGGGAAGGAUCAGUGAAGAAAAGGAUUCAACCCUCGAUACUAAUGAGCCGCCUCGUCCGUCUGGAUUUGGGUUCAGAACAUGAGACUGAAGAAGCCUUGGAUGAGAAGCGUGGCUUAAUUGAAGCAACCGCUCCCCUGACAUUAGGAAUCGACCCCUUUGAAACAUUUGAAAUGCUAGAAUCCGGCUUCAUUUGAUCCUAUCAGCACUGCGCUGGGAGCUCCUCUAUGAACUAUGGGAACACUAAAGGCCAGGCCUUUGGACCGUUUGUGCCCAACGGGCACAUUUGGGGCGACCCAGGUUGCCCACUCCUGCUCUGUGACCAUAUGUAUGUCUGCCGCUUGAUCUGAUGUGACACGAAGACGUCAUCAUCCUGAACACUGUGCUAGCCUGCCGCUCCGCACUGAAAACCAGCUUUGACAGCCAUGACUCCUCCAACCUGACCAUACCAGUGACCCCGCCCCUUCACUGACCUACAGCCAUAGAGUCGGCGCUCAAAUCCACCACUAUUACAGCCAGACCUCAGAACUGUGUAAUCCUUUAGCUCUAAUAGUUUUUUUUUACCCAUUUUAGUUCUUGCAAUUUAUCUUUAACAAAUCACAACAAUCCUUAAUUUUUUGCAUGCUUUUUUUCUGUACAAAAUGUACAUUUUAAGCUUUUAUUAGUUAAUUUCUGUCUGAUUGUAUCAUACCACAGUCUGAUCAGGUGCACAGUACCCACAGCUACUCAGGCAUCCUUGUUUUCCUGGUGAUUGUUCAGCUUCUUGCUCAGAUCAGUGAUUGUAUUCUGCUGACAAGCAGGGACAGCGACACCCACACCCACCACGAUUCCUUCAUCUUUAAUCCACGCCUGGAAAGGUUUCUGGGAGGCAGCGGUCUGUUGCUAGAGGAAAUCAUCUGCAAUAAGUUUAAUUUGUUGGCUUGUUAUUAGAAAUCCUCCUUUUUGUUUUCUUUUUUUGGUUUAAAAUGUUACCAGAUACUAAUAACAGCCUCAUAUUGCCAUUGUAGAUGAGAGGAAAACAUGUAUACAUGUGGUGUUUGAGGCCCUACUGCUUUAUGGCGCGCUUUGUGUUCUCUAUGGAGAAGCUGUUGGGUCCAAAGGUUGCACAAAUAGUUUCAGAGGUGUAUGAUUAUCCAAUAUUGCUGCUCCAUUAUUCCUGCGUGUCUGUUAGGACUGGUGUACUCAAAUCAUCUCUCCUCACUUCCCUCAGGGAUCCUCCCCUCUCUACCUUUUUUUGUUUCCUCUCCACCUGAUAAAGAGUGCUUCUGAAACUUUUCCAUUAUCUUGUAGUCUUCCCUUGUAUCAGUUAUAUGACAUUUCCGUUUUGAAAUGGGGUCAGUGUCUUAUCUUCCAAAUCAAGCCACUAAAUUAAAAGAUGUGUCCUGAAAUGUUGCAAAUACUAACAGGCAAAGUGCUCA